AUGGUGCAUCAAUUUCUUGUCGUGAGCGACGACGUAGUCAUGGCUCGCGUUCAGAUGGAAGAGCACCGCGGUAGCGGUUUUGACUUUUCUGGUCAUGUACGAAACGCAGAGCUGAGUGGACGUGGUCAUGUAGUGCCGCGUGCGACGAGCACGGGUACCACGAUUGUCGGUCUGAUCUACAAGGAUGGCGUAGUGCUCGGCGCCGACACGCGUGCUACGGAAGGUCCUAUCGUGGCGGACAAGAACUGUGAAAAGAUCCACUAUAUAAGUGACCAUAUCCGGUGCUGUGGUGCAGGUACGGCAGCUGAUACGGAGUUUGUCACCAACCUGAUCUCGAGCAACAUGCAGCUGCAUGAGCUGCACACACGCAAGAAACCGCGUGUUCUUGCAGCCAUGACCAUGCUGAAGCAGCGACUAUUCCAGUACCAGGGCCAUAUUGGUGCCGCAUUGGUGCUAGGUGGCUACGACUCAACGGGUCCGCAGCUGUUCACCAUUGCACCGCAUGGCUCGACGGACAAGCUGCCCUAUGUGACCAUGGGCUCUGGCUCGCUAGCUGCUAUGUCUGUAUUUGAGAGUGGAUGGCGCCCCAAUAUGGAGGAAAAAGAGGCGGUGGAUCUGGUAGUCGCUGCGAUUGAGUCGGGUAUUUUCAACGAUCUUGGCUCGGGCUCCAACGUCGAUGUAUGCAUUAUUCGUGAGAAGAGCACAGAAAUGCUACGCAACUACCGCAAACCAAACGAACGUGCACAAAAGGAGCAGAGCUACAAGUUCCCGCGGGGAACGACCAAAUUUACCAAGGAAGAGAUUUUUAACAUGGUGGUUAAGGAAGAUGUUCUGGACUUUGGUGCCCCUACAGCCACGACGACAAGCGCCAGUGACGCUAUGGAGACAGAUGCUUCGUAG